GUGUCAGUUACACACAUCGAGAGUGCGUCGGAAAUCUCAAUAUUCAGAGUGUUAUAUCGUCUUCAAGACUCAAGAAACUCAGUGAUCAGUGAUCGAACAGUGACUCCUCAAGAAAAAAAUAAUAAUAAUACAGCAAAAACAGUGAGAAAAAUCGUGCAGCAACGAUCGCGAAUCGCUGCAAUUAAAAAGUUGCCAUAAAAUCCAGUGCGCAGCGGAAAAUAAAAAAGAAUCUAAAAAGAUGAACCAGACAUGCAAAGUGUGCGGUGAGCCGGCGGCGGGCUUCCAUUUUGGCGCCUUCACCUGCGAGGGCUGCAAGUCCUUCUUUGGCAGAUCCUAUAACAAUAUCAGCACCAUUAGCGAGUGCAAAAACGAGGGCAAGUGCAUCAUUGACAAGAAGAAUCGCACCACCUGCAAGGCCUGUCGCCUGAGGAAAUGCUACAAUGUGGGCAUGUCCAAGGGCGGAUCACGCUAUGGUCGUCGCUCCAACUGGUUCAAGAUACACUGCCUCCUCCAGGAGCACGAACAGGCAGCGGCAGCGGCUGGCAAGGCGCCACCUACCUCGGUGGGCGGAGCUCCAUCGGCCUCAUCGCCCGUGGGAUCACCACACACACCCGGAUUUGGUGACAUGGCCGCCCAUCUGCAUCACCAUCAUCAGCAGCAGCAGCAGCAGCAGCAUCAUCAGCUCCAGAGCCAACAGCAUCAGCUCCAGAAUCAGCAGCGUCACCCGCAUAUCCCUCUGCUGGGCUAUCCCAGUUACCUGCCCGAUGCCGCCCUGCCCUUCUUCAGCAUGAUGGGCCAGCACCCAUCGCCCUUCCAACUGCCGCCGCACCUGCUCUUCCCCGGCUAUCAUGCCAGUGCCGCCGCUGCAGCAGCCUCGGCAGCGGAUGCAGCCUACCGCCAGGAGAUGUACAAGCACCGCCAGAGCGUGGACUCCGUGGAAUCGCAGAGCCGCUUCAGUCCGGCCAGCAAUCCGUCGGCUGCCAUGCCUCAGUCCACACCCUCGGCCCGCCAGUCGCCCAUUGAUGUGUGCCUGGAGGAGGAUGUGCAGUCCGUGCAUAGCCAGCAGUCCGGCAGUCAUCUCCUGCAUCCGGUGGCCAUCCGAGCUACGCCCAGCACCCAUCAUCUCCAUUCCACGCCCAGCAGUCCCCUGAGUUUUGCCGCCAAAAUGCAGAGCCUUUCGCCGGUUUCCGUGUGCUCCAUUGGUGGAGAGACCAGUGCUCCUCCGGCUCCAGUUGCUCCCGCUCCAGUUACCACUCCCACGACUGCAACUGCCACAGCAACCAUUUCCCAGGAUGGACCCAUGGAUCUGAGCAUGAAGACGUCCAGGAGUUCGGUGCAUAGCUUCAAUGACAGUGGCAGUGAGGAUCAGGAGUUGGAGGCGGCGCCAAGGAGGAAGUUCUAUCAACUGGAAGCCGAGUGCCUUAGCAGCAGCAGCUCCUCGCACUCCAACUCCUCCUCCGCCGCAGAGGUGAAGCGCCAGAAACUGGGCGGUGGAGCGGAAGCCACCCACUUUGGUGGCUUUGCAGUGGCUCACAAUGCGGCCAGCGCCAUGCGGGGCAUCUUUGUGUGCGUCUAGGUUAAACUGGAAGAAAAAACCCCAAGGGGGGAGGAGCCCAACUUCUUCCCCUGCUCCUAGUUGUUGUUUUUUAUUUUUUCGCUUAUUUUUGUUAGUUGAAGAAAAUGUAAAUUUUUCAUGUGCACUCGCUCGCAC